GGCCACUAGGCCGGAAGCGGCUGUGCGGCGGCCGCGCUGCCUCCUCGGGUCGAAAAUUUUACAUCAUCUGGUUCACCCUGUCUUUCUAUUGGACAGUGCUGUUACAGACCUUGUGGUGAGGAACACAGAAGCAACAUCCAUGACUUUCCUUUGCUCAGACACCGUUGAUGGGAAGUGAGAACUCGACUUGCUAAACUUGAAGAUCAGUGAAUGGACCUGACUGGACACUUUGAGCACAUCAAUAAACAUGAGUGGUACCAAACCUGAUAUAUUGUGGGCACCACACCAGGUUGAUAGAUUUGUUGUAUGUGACUCAGAACUGAGCCUUUAUCAUGUGGAAUCUACUGUGAAUUCAGAACUCAAAGCUGGAUCUUUACGUUUAUCUGAAGACUCUGCGGCUACAUUACUAUCAAUAAAUUCAGAUACACCCUAUAUGAAAUGUGUUGCCUGGUAUCUCAAUUAUGAUCCUGAAUGUCUCCUCGCAGUUGGACAAGCAAAUGGUCGAGUUGUACUUACAAGUCUUGGUCAAGAUCACAACUCAAAGUUCAAAGACUUGAUAGGAAAAGAAUUUGUUCCAAAACAUGCACGACAAUGCAAUACUCUGGCAUGGAAUCCACUGGAUAGUAACUGGCUUGCCGCUGGUCUAGAUAAACACAGAGCUGAUUUUUCAGUGCUGAUUUGGGAUAUCUGCAGCAAAUAUACUCCUGAUAUUGUCCCCAUGGAGAAAGUGAGACUUUCAGCAGGUGAAACUGAAACAACGUUAUUAGUAACAAAACCACUUUAUGAAUUAGGACAGAAUGAUGCUUGUCUCUCUCUUUGUUGGCUUCCACGGGACCAGAAACUCCUCCUUGCUGGUAUGCAUCGUAACCUAGCCAUAUUUGAUCUUCGGAAUACAAGCCAAAAGAUGUUUGUAAAUACAAAAGCUGUUCAGGGGGUGACAGUGGACCCAUACUUCCAUGAUCGUGUUGCUUCCUUCUAUGAAGGUCAGGUUGCAAUAUGGGAUCUUAGGAAAUUUGAGAAGCCAGUUUUGACUUUAACUGAGCAACCAAAACCCUUAACAAAAGUAGCAUGGUGUCCAACUAGGACUGGUCUGCUUGCCACUUUAACAAGGGAUAGUAAUAUUAUUAGAUUAUAUGAUAUGCAGCACACACCUACUCCCAUUGGAGAUGAAACUGAACCCACAAUAAUUGAAAGAAGUGUGCAACCUUGUGACAAUUACAUUGCUUCCUUUGCUUGGCAUCCAACAAGUCAAAAUCGAAUGAUAGUUGUAACUCCCAACCGAACAAUGUCUGACUUCACUGUUUUUGAGAGGAUAUCUCUUGCGUGGAGUCCAAUUACAUCUUUAAUGUGGGCUUGUGGUCGUCAUUUGUAUGAAUGUGCGGAAGAAGAAAAUGAUAAUUCUUUAGAAAAAGAUAUAGCAACAAAGAUGCGCCUUCGGGCUUUAUCAAGGUACGGGCUUGAUACAGAACAGGUGUGGAGAAACCAUAUUUUAGCUGGAAAUGAAGAUCUACAGCUUAAGUCACUCUGGUAUACUCUGCACUUCAUGAAGCAGUAUACAGAAGAUAUGGACCAGAAAUCUCCAGGCAACAAAGGAUCAUUGGUUUAUGCAGGAAUUAAAUCAAUUGUAAAAUCAUCUUUGGGAAUGGUGGAAAGCAGCAGACAUAAUUGGAGUGGAUUGGAUAAGCAAACUGAUAUGCAGAAUUUAAAUGAAGAGAGAAUCUUAGCUUUACAGCUUUGUGGGUGGAUAAAGAAAGGGACAGAUGUAGAUGUGGGGCCAUUUUUGAACUCCCUGGUACAAGAAGGGGAAUGGGAGAGAGCUGCUGCUGUGGCAUUGUUUAAUUUGGAUAUUCGACGAGCAAUCCAAAUCCUGAAUGAAGGGGCAUCUUCAGAAAAAGGUGAUCUGAAUCUCAAUGUAGUAGCAAUGGCUUUAUCGGGUUAUACUGAUGAGAAGAACUCCCUUUGGAGAGAAAUGUGCAGCACUCUACGACUGCAGCUAAACAACCCGUAUUUGUGUGUCAUGUUUGCAUUUCUGACCAGUGAAGCCGGAUCUUAUGAUGGAGUAUUGUAUGAAAACAAAGUUGCUGUACGUGACAGAGUGGCAUUCGCUUGUAAGUUCCUUAGCGAUAGUCAGUUAAAUAGAUACAUCGAAAAAUUGACCAAUGAAAUGAAAGAGGCUGGAAAUUUGGAAGGAAUUCUACUUACGGGCCUUACUAAAGAUGGAGUGGACUUAAUGGAGAGUUAUGUCGAUAGGACUGGAGAUGUCCAAACAGCAAGUUACUGCAUGUUACAGGGUUCUCCUUUAGAUGUUCUUAAAGAUGAAAGAGUUCAGUAUUGGAUUGAGAAUUACAGAAAUUUAUUAGACGCCUGGAGGUUUUGGCACAAACGAGCUGAAUUUGAUAUUCACAGGAGUAAGUUGGAUCCCAGUUCCAAGCCUUUAGCACAGGUGUUUGUGAGUUGCAAUUUUUGUGGCAAGUCUAUCUCCUACAGUUGUUCAACUGUGCCUCAUCAGGGCAGAGGUUUUAGUCAGUAUGGUGUCAGUGGCUCGCCAACGAAAUCUAAAGUCACAAGUUGCCCUGGCUGUCGAAAACCCCUCCCUCGAUGUGCACUUUGUCUCAUUAAUAUGGGAACACCUGUUUCAAGCUGUCCUGGAGGAUCCAAAUCAGAUGAAAAAGUAGACUUGAGCAAGGACAAGAAAUUAGCACAAUUUAACAACUGGUUUACAUGGUGUCACAAUUGCAGGCAUGGUGGGCAUGCUGGACAUAUGCUUAGCUGGUUCAGGGACCAUGCCGAGUGCCCUGUGUCCGCGUGCACGUGUAAAUGUAUGCAGUUGGAUACGACCGGGAACCUGGUGCCUGCAGAGACCGUCCAGCCGUGAAUGUUACCACCUGAAGAGAAACCUUCAAGUGGGGCGCUUUCGAAUAGAUGUCCUUCAUAGCUCGAAAACAUACCUCAGAACAAGUCACUCAUGACUUUCCUGUAAUGGGAAAAUAAAUCAUUCUAUCAAAUCAGCAAUUUGAUGUUUGAGUGAUUUUGAUGUGCUUCACAGAGACAAAUGCUGCUGAGAUGGACAUCAGAGUGUGGGCGUGAAUUCUAUUGAACAGGUUGAAAAAGUUCAUUUUGGAACAACUUUGUAGGGUUUUUUCGAAGUUAUAAACUUUGCAAGCAGUUUCUGGAAUAGCCAGAAACAGACCAUGAGCCUGUAUCUUCUAAGCUGAAAGUGGAUAUCUUUCAGUAAAAGCGGUACACUUUGAAAAUAGAAUAAAAUGAUCAAUUCAGUGACUCAGAUGAUAGUUUAAGCUCAUCCAUGCUUAGAUUUCUUUCAGAUAAAAUUAAAUGAUGGAUUUUUACUUUUAGAAUUGGAGAGCUUCUACCCCACACUGGAGAAUAAGAGUUGUCAAGGUAUGGUUGAGAUAUAUAUAUAUAUAUAUGUUGUUGUUUUUUUAAGGAGUUUUUUUCCUUGUACACUUUCAUUUUAGGGUAAGAAAUCUUUUGGCACAGACCAUUAUUGUCUUCCUAGAAAAGCCAGAAUGAAGAAUGUAUCUUAUAAGUUUUCUCUUCUGAAGAGAAAAAUAUUCAUCAUUUCAGGGGAACAUGUUAUAAAAUUUUCAGUUUCUGCCUUUUGCUUAUCAAUGUCCUGAUUUGUUUUUAAAGAUUUCUCUCCCUGUUAAUUCUCAUCAUCUGGGAGCAUUUUACUGAACACAAAGUGUGCAGGAUUAUAUGUGAGCAACGAUCAGCAAUCCAUGUCAGUAUGUCCUGCUGUCAGAUUCCCUCCUGCUUUACAAUACCCUGUUUCUUCUAAGGUAAACUGGGAGAUGUUGGUGGGGGUGGAGCGACAGGGUCACUUUGGAGACAAUUUUACUUAACAUGUAAGUUGCUAAAAGUAAUUGUAUUUGGGUUAAUUUGGGACCUUUAUUUUAAAUUUUUUUUUUUCCCCUUUUCACAGCUACAUAGUUUGAAGAGCAAUGUAAAGGAUUUGUAGCACGCUUCUCUGUCAUGUGAUUAUGCAGAGCACCGAGAUGAUUGCGAUAGUUGAAGUUGUAUUAAAAAAAUAAAAGCAAAGUAACCCUGAAACUUAAUUGUUUUAUGGAUUUUGGAAAAAUAUCUUAAAUUUUAAGAGCGUUCAUGUUAGCAGUUUAAUCUGAUGAAAUGAAGAUCUAUUGCAUUAGUUUGAGGUGUGACCUAAAUACUAAACAAAGGUGAAUUAAAAUAUUAUUUUACUUUGAGAUAUGAUACAAAAGGUCCCUUUCUAGGCAAACAUUGCAUAUCUACUGUAAAUGUCUGCCUAGAUGAUGACAAUCUACUUUUAAAAUGAAAAAUUGGGUAUAGUUUAGUGUGUGUGUGUGUGUGUGUGUGUGUGUAUUUUUUAACUAAGAUUGCUAUUAAGGGGACUUUUUCCAGUCUUCUUUUAAGUAAAUCUUCCAGAUUUCACUUUACUAAAACAUAGGCUUUACCUCUGAAAUUGCUUCAAUUGCAGUGUCCCUUUCAAAUAUACUGUGUCCUAAAUAUGAAAAGUCAGCUUUAAGUAAUGUCACACUAUCUUGUACAUUUUAACUUCUAGCUCAAGUAAAAUUGUUGAAUGUAUAUUUAGAAUAGGGUUAUAGCUAAAAUAUUUAUAAUUUUUGGAAAUACAGUAUAAUACAAAGUCUAGUAUGUAAAUAAUCUGCUUGUUAUCAUAUAGGUGACAUUUCUAAGACUGUUUAUGCCUAUGUGUCAAUUUUCUGAUAUUUUCAGUGAAGCCCAAAUGUUCCUAUAAGAUGUCUAUUGUUUGUGUUGGAUUUCAGUGUAUGUGGACCAUGAAAAUAAAUUAAAAUUAUUUUUCUGUUUUUACUAGGUCAUGGGUUUUUAAGUUUAUAAACUCAACAAGAUAUUUUACCUAAACAUGUUCA